UGGCUGCGCUCGCUCAAAACCGCCCAGUUGCAGCAUCUCGCGCAGAAAACCGGCAUCCCGAGCUCAGGACCCAAGGCGGCCCUGGUUAGGAAUUUGGAAUGCGGGCUUGGCGAGUGUUAUUUUGGUCUUCUUCCUCCUCCUCCUCCUCCUCCUGAUGCUCCUGCAGUAGUAGGCACAGGUGACGCCGCAAAGAAGCCGAAUGCGAGUAUGAGCAUCCUCAGCAUCGACAUGGGGAUUCGCAAUUUGGCAUUCUGUCAUUUGCUGGUGGAUCCGGCUUCUCCACACUCUAGGGAAGAGAUGGCGAUGCCAUCCGUAAAGCUAAACGCAUGGAACCGGAUCUCGCUCCCCCCGCGGAUGGUUUCGCCCGCGGAGUUUGCGCAGUAUUUAGCUUCUUCUUUUGCUGAACCCGACCCUGGCCCUGACCCUGGCACUGGAUCCGAGCGCGAGAAAGAAGAAUCCUUCCCCCUCCAUCUCUACGCAACCCACGCCUACGUGUUCCUCUCCACGCUCCUGGCCCGGUACCGUCCCACGCACGUGCUGAUUGAACGGCAGCGCUUCCGCUCCGCCGGGGCGAGCGCAGUGCAGGAGUGGAGUUUGCGCGUGGGUGUGUUCGAGGGGAUGCUGUAUGCUGUUUUGGUUGCGUUGCGCCAGCAGCAGCAGCAGCAGCAGCAGCAGCGCCGGCAACAACCGGGGUCAGGGCUCUCGCCUUGGGUGGUGGGGGUUGAGCCGGCGCGGGUGGGGCGGUAUUGGGCUUCUUCUGCUCCUCCGAACACAAGCAUACAAGAUUGUGAGAUACACAGAAAGAAAUCAACCACGAACGAAGGCAAACGGGUGAAGAUUGAUUUGGUUGCGGGGUGGCUUGAGAAUGGGCGGGUUCGGAUUCCUCCAGGGAACGAAGGCGAGGGCGAAGGCGAUCAGGUGGGGAGAUGGGUAGAUGGGUAUCUUGCUCGGUGGAGGAGAUCUCGGUCUGGAUCUCGGAAAGAAAAGGUGGAUGUGAAAGCAGAAGCAAAAGAAAGAAAAGUCGACGUGGGAAAACUGGAUGAUUUGGCGGAUUGUUUGGUCCAGGGCGUGACUUGGCUAGAGUGGCAGGUUAUGCGGGAGCGAGUGGUGCGAGAGGGA